AUGAUGACUAGGAGUAAAUCAGUUAAACCUAGGAGCAAAACGGCUUCAUAUUUAGUAUUGGAUGAAAUAAGGACUGAAGAUGUAGAAAAUAUAACAGGUACUUCUAGUCAGAAUGAGAAUAGGUGUCCAGAUCGCAAAAGCAAGAAAUCGUCGGCAACCAAGGCAAGUUCGGUCAGGCGUAGAGAAUUAGAAGCACAGAUCAAAGCCGUUGAAGAAAUGGCGCAGCUCCUAGCAAAAGAAGAAGAUAUUAUUGCAAGAAGAAAGCAAGUAAGUCAACGACUCCUGGAGAAUAGAUUAUCAUUGGAAAGGGUUUGCGAAGAAGAAGAUUCUAAAGAAGGUUCGCAAGAUGGGUGUAGCAGUCUAUCAGCAGAUGCCACUUUCAAAAAGGUCAGUAGUUGGUUAAAUACUCACGAGGAGGAAAGAAAAAUUAGAGUUCAAGAAGAACAUAGAGGUUCCGAUUUACCAAUUCAAGAUAUAACACAUCUGCUAGCAAGACAAAACAUAGACAAAGAUUUACCUAUUUUCAGCGGGAAUAUAAGGGAAUGGCCAAGUUUUUAUAACCAAUAUAUAUCUACUACUAAAGUUUUAGGUUCAUCUGAUGACGAGAAUUUAUGCAGAUUGAGGAAAUGUUUGAAGGGCGAUGCAAGACGUGCUGUAGAGGGAUUACUAUUAUCAAGCUUGUCAAUACAGUCCGUCAUACAGAUUUUGCAGAACAGAUUUGGGCGUCCUGAUCUCAUCGUGAGAUCUUUGGUUCAAGAUCCAAAACAACUUGCUAUUGUAAGGAAUGGUGAUUUCAAAGGUCUGAUUCACUUCUCCGAAACUAUUGCUAAUUAA